GCGCGCAGAUGGUCAAUGGUGCCGGAGUUGGGGAUGCGCCGACGGGCCGCCGUUAAUCCUUGCCCCUCGUGCGUAGUGAAAUUAGCGGGACUUUCCUCGAUGUUAUCUUCGUGCGAGCGAGUUGGUCUGCCUGGGUGCUUACUCUGACAUCGAUUGACGCUUCUAGCAACGCUAUCCAUCUCAGUGCGGGAGCACGAGCACCGAAAUAACCGUCUGUCUGGGGACGCGCGCGCGCCACCGCGAGAGAGGGGUGUGUGUGCGUGCGGUGCGUUUCGUGUGUGCACGACUUCUAGUCUCGCGUCGCUCCGAUGCCCGAGAGUCAAGUCUGAGCCAUGGGUUUUCGUCUCGUCGACGCCGCCAGGGCCAGGUGGAAACGGCUGGUCCUGAGCGGCACUCUGGCGCACUGCAUAUUCUUCACGACGGCAUUCAUACUUGCGGGCAUUGCGGUGGUAGUGGUGUCGGUGAUGCUGCUGCUGGACAGCAGCAAGUACCUGGCCACUGAAGGGGGCAACAGCCAGGACAGCCAGCUGUACUUCUCCAUCAUCUACAUCCUGCUCGGCGCAGGGUGUUUCAUGGCCAUUGUCGGCUUCUUUGGAUGCUGUGGAGCCCUGCGGGAGAGCCCCUGCAUGCUCUGCACCUUCUUCAUAUUCCUGGUGGUCAUCAUUGCUGCUGAAGUGACCGGUGGCAUCUGGGCUUGGUCAAACCUGGAAAGCUUUGAGAAAGCCGUCAAAGGCCAGGUGCAGCACAUGAUGCACAAGGACUACUCGGUGUCUGACGUGAUCACCAAGACCAUCGAUACCAUGCAACACGACCUGCGCUGCUGCGGGGUGGAGGGCCCCCAAGACUGGGCUCAGGCCCGCAUCAACCAGAAGGCAUCAGAACAGGGUGGCCUGGCAGCUUCCGUUGAGGCCGGCAUCCGGGCCCUGGGCGCAUACCAGGUGCCGCGUUCGUGCUGCGUCGAGGAGGAUUCGACCACCUGUGACAUCAACCGCCAGUUUGGUGGAGGGGGCUCUCUGCUGCACGGCCUGCACACACAGGGCUGUGGAACAGCUCUUUGGAACGGCCUGUACAACAACCUUGUCCUUGUUUGUGCCAUUGGCCUGGGCAUUGCAGUGUUGCAGAUUCUCGGCCUGAUAUUCACCAUGGUGCUGUGCUGUGCGGUGCGAAGGGACAGUGGGACCAGUUUCAAGGCUUGAACACGGUGCCCCCUGUGUUUUCCUCUCGCUCGGCGCCUUUUCCGUUUUGCGCCUUUCAUGAGCCCUUGCUACUAUGUUGCGAAGCCUUCCUCAAUCUCUCUCUCUCACACACAGAAGUGGUCACAGCAUUGGGCCACGGGGCAUCGUAGCUUCAUUGCAGGGCACUCAUGCACGUCUUUGUCGUAGCACACAACUGACAGCCAGUGGCACCCUAAGCUGCCCUUAUCUGAGCUACUAUCUGCUUUUGCCAAAUUUCCAUGUACAGAGCUGCCGUUGCUGAAGGCAAACAGCUUGCACGAAGCCAUUUUUUUUUAACCCUCAAGAAGCCCGAGCAGCCGCAGUUUUUAGUACAGGUUGCUGUGAUUGACAUUCAAUUCUUUUUUCUUUUCAGCAUAGCAUUUGCUUAGUUGGCAAAUGCCAAGGAACAGAUUGAUGUGCGAGAUAUGCACGGCCACUUCAAUCGAGACAAUUAUUUUGAAAUCCCAGUAGACUUGCAUUCAUGUGACACUGCCACGCGCUAGUUUCUUACUAUUUUUAGCAUUCACUUAAAACUUGUGUCGUUGACAGACGGGCACGACCUGUCGCCAAUACAAAGGAUACGUGCCCCGAGGCAGCUGCUCACGCGUAGGCAUCGUUUGUCGCCGCACUCGAGAGCUUAGUUUCAAAGGAAGUGUCUAUUGUGUCAGGAGCUGCCCAAUUAGCGGUUAGCGGGGCUUGUUUUUCCGCCAGCCUACCUUCUUAACCAUGUGAGCCAAUGUGGAGAGAGAGAGAGAGAGGUUCGGAUUGACCUUGGAAAAAAAUAAUAGGCUGUUCUAUGGUCACCUCACUGACACAAAGAUGUUGAGGGGAUCAACUUCGUUGACUGCCACAAAUGUUUAAUUGUAUGUACAAGUAUAUGGUUGUAAAGGGCCUUUCUGUUUUCGGUUCAACUGCCACCAAUCUCUUCACGCGAGCCCUACUUUUGUGUUUGUUUCCAUUGUACAUUCUGCGAGGUGUGCCACACCCUUUUCUCUCGUUCGUGAAGCGAUUGUUCGUGCCCGCGAGAGCACUCUCGCCUGUUGCCGACUGUACUUAGCGUUCGUGAGCGUGUGUAGUCUCGCAAGAAGGUGCACCGCAAUCACGCCACGCCGACGACUGUUUUGCUUGACUAGAUGAAUGUGCAUUUAUUUUUUAUGAGGAACAUUGUAACAUGCAUAAAUAUAAUUCCCGCUAGCAUUGUUGUAGGAUGCUUUGCCCGUUGGUAAAGCACAACGCGUACUUAUACUCAUGAUCAGAUAUUCUCAAGACAGUGCUUUGGAGCAGUGAAGAGCCCACCAAUUUUCGUUGUACGCUCCUUCGACCGAAAGAUACGAAAAAUUAGUUUUGGAAGACACGUGACCGUUAUUGGUUUUUGGCGAGAGAAUAUUUGCAUCACGUCGCAUGACAGAAAGUAAGACAUCGAGCAUCAUCUGUAUUACCGCAAAACAUGUUUGGCCAUGCUGAAAUGACACCCAAUCUAGUAAUGCUCUUGCGAGCAGUCUAACGAAGUAACACAUGGAACUCUGUUAUGGCUUUUAGUAUGACUAGGGCGUUGCAUAUUAAUGUCAAACAACUGCAAAGCACAUUGUAGCUUGAGCUGCGAGGCAACUAGCGUUGUAAUUGUUGGGCUUUCUUGCACUGCACGUGACAAGCUGCUGCAUAAUCGUUGCACAUUUCACGUUGAAAAGUCGCUGUGCAUGGACUUUCGUGUCCGUAGUAAAGCGCUUCAACUCAGCUUUGAGACACACCGCUGUUUACAAGAGAACCGCAAGAUUUUUGUAUCGUAUGUACUCUGUUGAACCUUCGGCCAUUUACAGAAGCAGAUGAACAAAGCUAUUACAUAAUACCACAUGGGGCCAAUGUUUGAGCAUUGCGUCGCAAGAAAGCCAGAAAUGACGGCACACGCCUUCGUCAAUUGUGCGCUGUAUUUUUUCCGGAGUUGCUCCUCGUGCUGGCACAAAUUUUAGGAUUUGAAGCAAGAAAUUCGGGGCGCGUUUGCUCAAAGGUUCAGAGAGUCGCACGGUUUCUUCCUGAGAACUAUGAGUUGCUCAUCACUCGCCGGGUUAACGUCCUGGUUGUUUGCUUCAGGAGUUUCAUUAAUCUCAUUUAUACGAUACUUUUUGCAUCAUCCCGUUGUGAAUAAGUCCGCUUAAUUAUUUUCAUUAUUAUUCAUAUAGCGUAUACUUUUUUCUGCAUAUUAUAUAGAAGCAUUACCAGAUCUGCCUGAGUGUUGCUAAUAUAUCUGCCGACACUUAGUAGUUGUUCUACAUAUUUGAGUAUUUGGUCACUAUGUACAUUUGUAGCAUCCAAAAAUUGCUGUUAUUGAAACAUAGUUUGCGUCGCAUUUAUUCAUCAUCCCACAGUUCUUGCAAAGUAUUUCCUGUGCUGUAUUGCAAUAUAUGAAGGCGUGCAAGUGUAUGCACAGUUACGAUCUCUGUUGUGCAUCUCUUUCCCUUUGUUUUUUACUGUGAAAGUUCAAGAAUCAUGUAAUAUUGUGAACCCAAUAAACAUGUUUUCCUGUAUUCCACAAACAAA